AUGGCGGCGACGGCCAAGCUCGUCCUGCUCGUGGCUGCUCUCGUACGUGGGCACCGGCAGCUGCUCCUGCGCCGCAUGGGAUCUGAACAUUAUCCGGAUGCCCACAGUGCGAGCGAUAGAGGAUGCCGCGGCCCGUCUCCAGGAAGGCGUGGCCACGCCUCUAAUCCACACGCUGCACCCGCUGCUAGGCUCCGGCGGAGACCUGGGCCGGCUCGCAGCGAGCGUGCCGUGCGACAACUGGCGGCUGGCCGUGGAGGCCUACAACAAGCGCGACUGGAAGACGGUGCCCGCCAACUGCGGGGACUACGUCGGCCACUACAUGCUCGGCCAGCAAUACCGCCGAGACUCCCGCGUCUCGUCGACGAGGCCAUUGCGUACGCCGAGGGGCUCAAGCUCGCUGGCAACGGCAAGGAGCCAUGGCGGCCACUUCCCUUAGCUAGGUCCGCGCGCCGCUGCCGGCGCAGGCCAUGGCCGCCGCAGCCACCUGCCAAAUCCACCAGCCACGAGGACAAGGCCCCCGCCGGCGUGCUCGGAGCUGUUGGAGGGGCACUUUUGCCCGAGCUUCUGCCAUGCCUUGCUAAUGAGCAUGUUUCUUUUAUUGAUCACAGUACUAAGCCGUACAACGCGACGAGCUUCAACGAGUACGUGCUGGAGGGGAGCGCGCCGGUGUUGCCGGAGACGCUGCGGCUCUUCAAGAAGCUCAUCUCGCUCGGCAUCAAGCCGGUGCUCCUGACGGGCCGCAGCGAGGACCAGAGGGCCAUCACCGUGGCCAACCACCGCCGCCAGGGUUACUCCGGCUGGGAGAAGCUGCUGCUCAAGCCCAUCGGCUUCAAGGCCACCGCCAUCGCCUUCAAGUCCGGCGAGCGGCAGAAGCUCCAGGACGCCGGCUACGUCAUCGUCGGGAACAUGGGCGACCAGUGGAGCGACAUCCUCGGCGCGCCAGAGGGCGCGCGCACCUUCAAGCUGCCCGACCCCAUCUACUACAUUGGCUAA